CCCCACGACCGGACAGUGGAGAGUUUCUGCCUGGUUGUGGCUGCUGGGGGAAAAGCGAUGCCCAGCUGAGACCGCAUGGGACUGGUGACAGCCGAGGGAAAACAUUAGCUAAAACACCGACUGACUCAACGAGAGAGGACUGUAAUCCAACCGCCAUGGUGUCCCUCGAUCAUGUCACCCACAAGAUAGUGACUUACAUCCCAUAUGUUCUUGUUUUGAUUGACAUGCGCUAUGAAGGAGUGAAAUGUGGUAAAGAUGGAAGUGUGGACAACCACAUGGAGAUGGGGAAGAAGUUGCUUGCUGCUGGCCAGCUGGCUGAUGCCCUCUCUCACUUCCAUGCUGCUGUGGAUGGAGAUCCCAAGAACUACCUGGCUUUCUACAGAAGGGCUACAGUGUUUCUCGCCAUGGGAAAGUCGAAAUCCGCCCUGCCAGACCUGAGCAGAGUGAUUGAGCUGAAACCAGACUUCACAUCUGCUCGUCUUCAGAGGGGAAACCUGCUCCUGAAACAAGGAAAGCUGGAUGAAGCAGAGAGUGACUUCAAGAGGGUGCUCAAGUCUAACCCCACCGACAAAGAAGAAAAAGACGCUCGAGAUCAACUAACAAAGGCAGAUGAGAUUCAGCGUCUGGUGGCCGAGGCGCGCCGCAGCUACAGCAGCAAGGAUUACAUGACGGCCGCCUCCCAGCUCGACGCCGUCAUCGAGACCUGCGUGUGGGACGUGACGUCUCGUGAGAUGAGAGCAGAGUGCUUUAUUCAGGUCGGAGAGAUGGGGAAGGCCAUCAGCGACCUCAAAGCUGCAUCCAAGUUAAGGAACGACAACACGCAGGCGUUCUACAAGCUCAGCACCAUCUACUAUCAGCUGGGAGACCACGAGAUGUCACUCAAUGAGGUGCGUGAGUGCCUGAAGCUGGAUCCUGAUCACAAACAGUGUUACAGCCAUUACAAGCAGGUCAAGAAGCUCAACAAACAGAUCCAAGCUGCAGAGGAGCUCAUCCAGGAGAAGAGAUACGAGGAAGCGGUGAGUAAGUACCAGUCAGUGAUGAAGACCGAGCCCAACGUGCCCCAGUUCUCCCUCCUCGCCAUGGAGCGGAUCUGCCACGCACUCACACAGGACCAGCAGGCAAACAGAGCCGUCCUGGCGUGUAGCAAAGUCCUCGAUUCUGAUCCUGAGAAUGUAAACGUGCUAAAGGACCGGGCGGAGGCCUACGUCCAAGACGAACAGUACGAAGAAGCCAUUAGAGACUACGAGACUGCCGCUAAACACAGUGAGAAUGACCAUCAGAUCAAAGAAGGCCUGGAAAAAGCUCAGAGGCUUCUCAAGCAGUCACAGAAACGGGAUUAUUAUAAGAUCCUGGGAGUAAAGAGAACUGCCCAGAAGAAGGAGAUUAUUAAAGCGUACAGGAAACUGGCACAGCAGUGGCACCCAGACAACUUCCAGGAUGCAGAGGAGAAAAAGAAAGCAGAGAAGAAGUUUAUAGACAUCGCUCAGGCUAAAGAGGUUCUCACUGAUCCAGAGAUGAGAACCAAGUUCGAUCAUGGUGAAGACCCGAUGGAUCCAGAGAGUCAGCAGGGUCACCAACAUCAACACUUCCACGGUGGUUUCCACGGUUUCCAGGGUUUCAACCCGUUUGGAUCGGGACCCUUUAACUUUAAGUUUAACUUCAAUUGAGAAGAGAUGUGAUCCAGCAGACCUGGAGCAGAGCUUUUAUAUUAUCCUCCCAUUUGAAAGGGAGAUGAUGGACAUUAUGAAAAACUUAAAUUCAUUGACUAAAACUUUACAUGUGAUUUUGUUGCUGAAUGAUGCAGGGGGGGUGUGGCCGACGCUUCGCUAACAUCUGCAUCAUGUGAGGCAGCCGACUCGUGUUUUAUUACUUUUCUUAUCCAUUCAUGAGCUAAAAAAUUCAAAACCACAUUAUUUUUAUAUGAAUGGAUUUUUUCCCCUGAACUGUAAAUAAAGAGAUAUUUAUGUAAUU